AUGGACUCUGCUAGAUUAAACGCUAUCAUCGAAAACACUUACAUUCCCUCUGGAAACAACAAGAAGUCAGACGCUGUUCCUGCUCACCACCCUUCUCUUAUUAUGUUGGACAAUCAGACUGACACUACUCACCACCUCAAGUGCGGCUGCUGCGGCGGUGCCUGCAUCACUGAGAAUGCCUGGUGGGACAAGAAGAAGUCUGUUGACUCUGAGGAUACUGAUAGACCUUCUUACAGACGUGGCUCCAGCAGUAGUAGUAUCUCGACUGUCUCUUCUUACUCGAGCAGUAGCGGUUACUAA